AUGGUGGUGAUGGACACGUGGCAGUACUUCAUGCACCGGUACCUUCACCACAACCAGUUCCUGUACAAGCACGUCCACUCUCAGCACCACCGCCUCGUGGCCCCUUACGCCUUCGGUGCUCUCUACAACCACCCUCUGGAGGGCCUCCUCAUCGACACUGGUGGCGGGGCCCUCUCGUUCCUCCUCUCCGGCAUGUCCCCACGCGCCUCCAUAUUCUUUUUCUCCUUCGCCACACUCAAGGCCGUAGACGACCACUGCGGAAUGUGGGUCCCGCGAAACCCAUUCAGGUUUGUCUUCAGCAACAACUCUGGGUACCACGACGUGCACCACCAGCUGGGGGGAAACAAGUUCAACUUCUCGCAGCCUUUCUUCAUCACGUGGGACCGGGUGCUCGGGACCUACAUGCCGUACGUGAUUGAGGAAAGAGAAGGAGGCGGUCUUCAGGCGAGGAUGGUCAAGAAGAAGACUAUUUAG